AUGUCUCCUGAUGCGAAUCCGAUGCCACCACCCACGCACGACUUGGGACGAAUGUCUUCUAGACAACCAGGCCCGUCUUACACGAGUUCGAUGCUCCAGGAUGAUCAACCCAUAGAUCAUGUCAAGCAUCAACAGUUGUAUCUGCUCAAAGUGUGUCGCGGCCUGAUGAUGUACGGGGCGCCUACACAUCGCCUCGAGGAAUACAUGCAAAGGACUGCAGAUGUUCUCGGCCUGCGCCUACAAUCAUUCUACAUACCUGGCUGCGUGAUGAUCUCCUUCAACGACUCAGGAUGGCGCUCCACCGACGUCCACAUAGUGCGAUGUAAGCAAGCUCUGAACCUGGCGAAGCUAUACGACGUUCACGCUGUCUACAAAGACAUCAUUCAUGGUAGGAUAGUGAUUGAGCAGGCAAUCACACGCCUGGACGGGAUCCUGAAAGCAAAUGAUCAGUUCCCUCGAUGGUCUCGAGUCAUUGUCUAUGGGCUGGCAUCGAUGUGUAUCGGUCCAGUCUCUUAUUCCGCUCGACCCAUCGACCUUCCCAUGAUUUUGCUUCUCGGCACCCUCCUUGGCGUCUCCGAGCUCGUCUUGGCCGCCAGGUCUGAACUGUACGCACACAUCUUCGAAAUCUUCACCACCAUCCUGGUUUCCUUCUUCGCCCGCGGCCUCGGCUCUGUCAAGCUUCCCAAUGACUACAGCUUCUGUUUCUCGGCCCUUUGCCAAGCUUCCUUAGUGAUGAUCCUGCCUGGCUUCAUCAUCACCAACAGCGCCCUGGAACUGCAAACGAAAAAUAUCGUUGCCGGCUCGGUACGCAUGGUCUACGGCAUCAUAUUUACCCUCUUCCUCGCCUUCGGCAUCACAAUCGGCACUACCAUCUAUGGUGCUCUCGAUUCGUCCGCCACCUCGGCUCUCACCUGCUCGUCGCCCUGGCCUUUCUGGUGGCAAAUCAGUUUUGUUCCUGCCUUCACAGUUGCAUGGGCGAUUGUCAACCAAGCCCCAUGGCGUAAGAUGCCCGCCAUGGUGCUAGUUACCCUGGCUGGGUGGGUUGUCAAUCACUUCUCCGGGCAGUACUUUUCUUUGAAUACCGCCAUAUCUCAAGCUCUAGGCGCCUUCACCAUCGGCAUCCUUGCGAACCUUUCUUCGAGACUUAGGCAUGGUCUUGCCGCCGCACUCCUGCACCCCGCAAUUUUCAUACAAGUCCCGGGCAGCGUUGCUGCGAACGGUGGACUAAUCAGUGGCGUGCAAAGCGCCAAUAAAGUGAACAGUCACACAUCAUCGAGCAAUGGUACAACACUAGGGACAGGAGCGGCGCAGGGGAGUUUCGAGCUUUUGAAUGCGGGCUUUUCAAUGAUCGAGAUCGCAAUCGGGAUCACGAACUUGAAGGCCAAGGAAGUUGUGAAAACGUGCCGGGAUACCUACCUAGGUGACCUCUCGAUCGGUGUCCUGCCAAGCACUCACGCAUACUUCUACAAGACACAGAAGUACAGGGUCAUGAGGCAUUCAUUUUCGUCGCAAUGCCUGAGGAUAUGGAGGCUUGCUGGACUGGACGUGGAGACCUUGUUGAAAAUGAUGAAAGGCGCCCUUCCUCCGACCAUUGUUGUUGCCAUCUAUCAGAGCGUGGCCAUUUCCAACAUCACUGGGACACUUGGAUACCUUACGUCUAUCAUGGCAAUUGUGUCACAAUGUCUGUUACCACCUGGCAAAUUCUUGAAAAUCAUGUUUUUCAUCGUACUCUCCACAUGUGCAUCAGCCUCGAUCUGCUGUCUGGCCGUGCUCAGUGCUGUCAAAGCAAGGGCAUACACCACUUCUGCUAGUGAUGUGGAAGGCUCCUACAACAGCAAUGCGUGCGCAGUCUCCGCUGCCUGGCUAUUGUUCGCGAUGUGGGUUUCGAAUACGCUUCGAGCCUACCAUCCCGUGCUGUUGCAGGAUCCCAUGGUUGCAUUUUCCAUCUUUCCAGGCGUCGCCCUAACUCAUGCUGUUCAAUUUUCGACAGUAGAGCAAGGCCUUGGAUUCAUCAAACAACUCCUCAUUGCUUUCUUGCUAGGCUUCUCGAUCGCAACUGGGAUUUCCCUCCUGAUCGUUCCCAUUUCAAGCAGGUGCAAUGUUCUCAAAGAUAUCAUCGCCUAUGCUCAAGUGAUAGACAACGUCUUCGAGGCUCAAAAAGCGUACAUCCAAAUUGCCGAAGGGCCUACAGGUUUAAAAGGAGCCACAAUAUCGGACAACGGAGUUGAUGUCCAGUUCAGUGAACGACAUGAUCACCAACAUCCCCUGCGCAAGACCACCGACGGAGCUGACACCAAUGAGAAACAAUCAGAGCUGAAUCGAUCAAUGGCCGCUCUCAUUGCUAUCCAUGAUAAAUUGGCCAACGAUCUCAUUCUUGCAGAAUCGGAGAUGGCAUGGGGAAAGCUAGAUAACACGGACCUACGCAGCAUUUUCGUGCUUCUCAAGGCCGUGAUGCUGCCUUCGGCCGGUAUUUGCAUGCUUCCCGACAUUCUGAAAGAACUAUCAGACAACUGGGUCCAAGAGGAUGAAUCACUUCCGCAAGAAGUCUGGAAAUCCUUUUUGGCCAACUUCGGCAAAGAGUUGGCAAAAUCAGCAGAAUUCGUAGCUCUAGGCAUCCAACAUGCAUUUGUCGUUCUGGGCAUUGCGAGUUCGGAAAGAGAGGGACAGGUGGCCGUUACCUCACAUGCGCAUCAACAACCUGAUAUCGAGAAGCCGGCUGAGGAGCUCGUGCCGGGAGAUCCUAGUUUCGCUCUUCAGUUCGAACGAAGUGUCCGUGAUUUCUACGAUCAAUGUCGGAACAGGUUGGUGACGGCUUCACCAGCACGAGGUGAUGCUGAAGCCCACAUUCAGUCCGAUACACUUGAUUCUCUGCCCAACGAGAGAUAUACUGAGGAGUCCUUGAUUUUCCUCUUCCUGCAACAUCUUACGCAUGCUCUACUGCAAGCGAGCGUGGACAUCGUUCGAUUCGCCGAAAGCGGGGUUACUACACAGAGAAUGCGGUAUAACCGAAUGAUACUCCCAACCGCGCGAGGGGUGUUAUGGUCCUUGACCAAGCACGAUGACGAUAAAUCAAGUUCGCAAACGGCGAAAGACCACCGAAAUCCGGAGCACUUACCAGCAACCAAUCUGUGGGAAAGGUCUGGAACGGUGCUCGGCUUCGUUCCUCACGUCCUAGCAUCCGAGCAGAGUUCUUUUGGGUUUCGUGCAGCAGCCGCCUCUUUCUCGGUGGCUAUCCUUGCAUACCUACGCCAGACACAGACCUUCUUCUUCGAACAAAGACUUAUAUGGGUGCUUAUUGUGAUAGUGAUUGGGAUGAGUCCCACUAGUGGUGCGAGUCUCUUUAGCUUUGCUGUCCGCAUUCUCGGCACCAUCAUCUCGCUUGCUCUAUCACUUACAAUAUGGUAUAUUGUGAUCGGUCACACCGUCGGCGUGAUCGUUCUGCUAUACUUGGGAAACAUAUUUGGAUACUAUUUCUACGUCAAAUAUCCCAAAUUAUUCGGUCCGUCCGUCAUAUCCAUCGUAACAUUGAACGUUAUCGUUGCCUACGAGCUUCAGGUGAACAAGCUGGGGAUCCCUCGAGCAGAGUCCAGCGGACAACCAUAUUACCCCAUCUAUCUGUUUGGGACGUACAAGCUGGCGUGUGUCAUCGUCGGAUGUGCGAUUGCUUUGGUGUGGACCAUAUUCCCAUACCCCCUAUCGUCCGGUUCGCAAGCGCGGAAGGUCCUGGGCCGCAGCCUUUUCGUUCUCGCCAAUUUUUACAGCUGCAUACAUACGACGAUACAUUUGUGGAUUACGAGGUCCCCCCAAGAAGAUCCACCUGUGUCGCGAGCUCUCAAUGUUGCGCAAGACAAGCUGUUUGCUGAUGAAAUGCGGCUGCUUGCUUUGCUGCGUGUGCACACCCACUUCACCAAAUUCAAUCCCCGACUUGGCGGCAAGUUUCCCGCAUCUAUCUACAGAAGCAUUAUCGCCGACAUUCGGACCAUCCUAAUAAGCAUGGCCUUGAUGGUUCAGAGCACAAGAGGCAUGAACGGACCGUCGGCACAAAGGGAACUCGAGUGGCUACCGAAGCUCUCGCAAGCCAUCGAGUCGACGAGUUUUAACUCUCAAACCACUACAUCCUUGUUGUGCCAUUUCUCAGCUGCUGUCGCGAAUGAACUCGCACUUCCACCCUACCUCUCUCCUCCAGCCUCGUUUGGUAUCGCCCGGGAAGUACGAAAAUUGAAUUUGGGACUUUUGGACGUCUCGAAUGCCGACAAUCCAUUCUUCUCCGCUUUUGCGUCUUUGGAAGUGUUGAAUGCCCUGAUGAGCGCGAGCUUGACAAGACUGGCUAGCAAUGUCAAGCUCCUGGUCGGAGAAAUUUGCUUUGAUGGCUAUACGGAGCGACAAGACAGUCCUACUGAAAAUUGA